ACGGAAAAUUUAUUUUAAAAUAAGACAUUUGAUUUCACUUCGUGUUUCAUUUUAAAAAAAUUAAAGGUGACUCCAUACAUUUAAAUGGGAAAUGAACGAUUGGUUCAAUAAUUGAAUUAUUAAAAAUAAAAUAAUAAUUAUUAAAAAAUAAUAAAAAUAAAAUAAUAAUGAUUAAAAAAUAAUAAAAAUAAAAUAAUAAUUAUUAAAAAAUAAUAAAAAUAAAAUAAUAAUUAUUAAAAAAUAAUAAAAAUAAAAUUAUUUUUUUAAUUAUUCAAAUUUUUAACAUUGGCUUAUUUAUUGGUUGCCCGCAUAAUUUUGUCAAUGAUGAUUGCCAAUCAUUGACCGAUGAGUAUAUGAAAAAGUCUAUUCGUUGAUUUCAAUAAUUUCAAAAAUCGAAAAAAAUUAAUAAAAAGUAAAAAAUGAGAUUGAGCUACGUCAAAUUAUUUAAAAUUCUCUGUGCAAUAUGUAUUGUAACAUAUAUAUUUCUAAAAUUUAAUUUAAUUAAACAAAACACUAAUCAAACUUCAUCGCUUGAUUUUAAUUAUGAACCUAAAGUUUCUACUAGUUUUGAAAUGAAAAAAAACUUCACUACAGAUGAGAUUAAUAAAAUGUCUGAAUUGGGAAAAUGGUUAAUUUCACCUGAAGGAAGUCCUCCACCAAAUAAAAAUACAAAAACAAAACUUCAUUUAAUUUUAAUAUGGAAACAUGGACCAUUUUUAGAAAAUCGACAUAUCAAACGAUUUUCAUCAAAAAGAUUUUCACCUUGGGAAAAUUGUUCCGUUCAAUGUCGAUUGUCAUACAAUUCAACAGAUAUAGAACAAGCAGAUGCUGUGAUAUUUCAUCUUCAUCGUAUUAAAAAUGUUAAUGAGUUACCAGUAAUAAGAAAAAAUUAUAAUCAAAGAUGGAUUUUUCUAACUGAUGAAUCACCAUUGAAUACCUUUAUUUAUAAAUCACAAAAAUUAUCCAACUAUAAUAAUCUUUUUAAUUGGACAAUGACUUAUCGAAUGGACAGUGAUAUUCCCGUACCAUAUGGAAGAACAAUAAAAUUAUCAACGAUAUUAACAAAUGAAACGUUUAUCUAUAAAAAAUUAUUAAAAAAAAAAAAACUCCUGGCAAUAUUGGCAAGUAAUUGUGGUGGUAAAAAUAAUCGAUGGAAUUAUAUACGUGAAUUAAAAAAAAUACUUGCCAAUAAUUUUGAUAUUUUUGGUCAUUGUUUAAAUGGUAAUAAAACAGUGUGUUUUUCUAAUUUUAAAAAUGAUUGUCCAAUAUUAAAAAAUUAUAAAUUUUAUUUAUCAUUUGAAAAUUCUAAUUGUCGACAAUAUUUAACUGAAAAAGUAUUUUGGAAUGGUUAUCAAAAAUUUGCAAUACCAAUAAUUAUGGGAGCAUCAAUAAAUGAUUGUCAACAAUUAUUACCACCAAAUUCAUUUUUACAUGUUAAUAAUUUUUCUAGUCCACUUUCAUUAGUUAAUUAUUUAUUAUAUUUAAAUGAAAAUGAAAAAUAUAUUCAAUAUCAUAUGUGGCGUAAACAAUAUCGUGUUAUUAAUGAACAUGGCUAUUUUGGAAGUUCUUCAAUACAUUAUUGUCGAGCAUGUGAGGCUCUUAAUUAUAAUUCAAUGGAGAAAAAAAUUUAUAAUAAUAUUGAAAAUUUUUGGAAUAAAUCAAAAGAUUGUAAUUUAUGACAAGAAAAUAAUAUUAUUUUGUAAAAAAAAUAUGUAAAUAACUUUUACUUUUUAAUAAAUUCUAAUUUUUA